AUGCAUGCACUUCUGACUCUUCUUGCCAUCGCAGUCGCGCUAUUGACUGGAGUCAAGGCCGUUCCUCACCAAAAACGUCUUGCCGAGAGCCAGCCCUGGCACAUCACCAAUCUAUCCAUUUUCAUAGCCUCCAAUGACUCCACAAACAAUUCGAUAUCUUUCAACUUAGUCGACAACAAUAUCGGUCUGCAAGCAGAAACAACUUGCUCACGCUCUGCACUCGGCUCCGUAGAAGAUGCAAACAGCUUCUAUCCUUGUGCCAAUAACAGCUUCAAUUUCAGAUGGGAUGGUACGACUCUGCGUAUGCAAAGAUUGUAUACAGAUACGAGUGUUGGACCAUGUCCCCAGUAUUGUUCCGUCACGGUCUACGGCAAUGGAACACCUAACCUCACUCUCGAGUACCUCAACAAAGACGGACUAGGCACUCACCAAGAUGCCCUUGACAUUCCUAUAACCGAAAUGGCCGCCUGA